GCGCGCCUGUGUGUACUUGGUCGCUCGGGCGCUCUGAACAAUGAGUGUCGGCGGUGCGCGAGCAGCCCGGAGAAUGUGAACGUGUGAUUUAGCACUAAUGUUCAGCGCUGUGCGAUUCGCCUCGUGUGCUCUUUCAAUGGGCGAAAAACCGUAAACAUGUGGAUACCGACGGAACAUGAGAAAUUCGGAGUGGUGCUGGCCAGUUUUCGGGGGACGGUAAAAUACGGCUUGCCUCUGGAGAUCGGCGACACGGUGCAGAUCCUGGAGAAAUGUGAAGGCUGGUACAGAGGCUUCGUCAUCAAGAACCCGAAUGCCAAGGGGAUUUUCCCAUGCACCUACAUUCAUUUGAAAAAUGCUCAAAUCAAGAACAAGGGGCAGUUUGAGACCGUGGUGCCCACAGAAGACACGGUCAUUACGGAGAUGACCUCUACAUUGCGGGAAUGGGGAACCAUUUGGAAGCAGCUUUAUGUGAAGAAUGAAGGUGAUCUGUUCCACAGGCUGUGGCAUGUGAUGAAUGAGAUCCUGGAUCUGCGCCGUCAGGUUCUGGUCGGUCACCUGACCCACGACCGCAUGAAGGACGUCAAACAACACAUCACUGCACGCCUGGAUUGGGGAAAUGAGCAGUUGUCUCUGGACCUGGUGCCCAGGAUAGAGUUCAGCAUGGUGGACCCUGAUGACAUCAGCGUCACUGAGCUGUACAGACUGAUGGAACAUCGGCACCGGAAAAAGGACACGCCGGCCCCAGCCAGCACACAUCACCUGUUCGUGCACAUGAAGAGUCUGAUGAGCUCAAACCUGGGCGAGGAGCUGGAAGUUUUUUUCUACAUCUACGACAGCAGAGAGAAUCGACCGCUCAGUGAAAGGUUCUUUGUGAAGCUGAAUAAGAACGGAGUGCCCAAGUCUCCAGAGAAGACAGAGACACACUGUACCCUUUUUGUGGACUUGGGGAGCAGUGACCUGAGAAAAGAUGUGUAUAUUGUUGUGCACAUCAUUAGAAUAGGGAGGAUGGGUGCCGGUGAGAAGAAAAACACAUGCAGCGUGCAGUACAGGCGCCCAUUUGGCUGUGCUGUGUUCAGCAUCGCAGAUCUACUCACAGCUGACACUAAAGAUGACCAGGUCCUUAAAGUCUAUGCAUGUAACACCGAGAGUGAUUCGAGUCAAAUCCACGACAACAUCAUAAAGAAAGCGAACUCCAGAUAUAACCUGUCAGGAUCCAACACGGGCCUAGCAGUGACUCUCCAGUUACUCCAUGGGGACAUCGAGCAGUUGCGGCGGGAGUACAUGGCCAUUUUCUCUCGGGGUGUGUCCAUCACCAGGAAACUGGGCUUCUCUGACAUCAUCAUGCCAGGAGAGAUGAGGAACGAUCUGUAUAUCACGCUGGAGAAAGGAGAAUUUGAGAAGGGCGGGAAGACGGUGGCCAGAAAUGUGGAAGUCACCGUUUAUUCACUGGAUGCCAACGGACAAAUUCUCAGGGGCUGUGUUACAGCAGGUUCAGGGGAACCGGGGGCUGAUGAGUACCAAUCCUUUGUGCUGUACCACAACAACAGCCCACGCUGGGCUGAGCAGAUUAAGCUGCCCAUCCCUGUUGACAUGUUCCGUGGCUCUCAUGUCCGUUUCGAGUUUCGCCACUGUUCCACAAAGGACAAGGGGGAGAAGAAGCUGUUUGGCUUCUCCUUUGUCCCCUUAAUGCAGGAAGAUGGACGAACUUUGCCUGAUGGCACCCAUGAGCUCAUUGUCUAUAAGUGUGAGGAGAAUGCUAAUCUUCAGGACUGUGCUCGCUACCUCAAUCUGCCUGUCUUCAAAACCAACCUGCAGGGCAACAAUCAAGCUGUGAAAAGCAGCAAAGAGUCCUUCUGGAUCACCUCAUUCCUCUGUUCCACCAAACUCACUCAAAAUGGUGAAAUGCUGGACUUGCUGAAAUGGAGGAUGCACCCCGAGAGGAUCAAUGACAGCCUUUCCAAACUGAAGGAGAUUGAUGGCUCUGAAAUAGUUAAGUUCUUACAGGACACACUGGACACGCUCUUUGGAAUCUUGGAUGAGAACCCACAGAGAUACGGCCUCAAAGUCUUUGAUUCCCUUGUGCACAUUAUAAACUUACUCCAGGACAGCAAGUUCCAGCACUUUAAACCCGUCAUGGACACCUACAUUGAGGGCCACUUUGCAGGAGCUUUGUCAUACAGGGAUCUGAUUAAGGUACUGAAGUGGUAUGUGGACCGCAUCAUUGAAGCCGAACACCAGGACCACAUCCAGCGUGUACUCAAGGCAACAGAGUACAUCUUUAAAUACAUUAUCCAAUCUCGGAGGCUGUUUGCACUCGCCACAGGGGGCCAGAAUGACGAAGAGUUUCGCUGCUGUAUGCACGAACUCUUCAUGUCCAUUCGCUUCUUCUUGUCGCAGGAGAACAAAGGGUCCGGCCCUAUCACACACACACAGAAGAUUGGCACAGUGCCAACUCUGCUCAUCACCCAAACACCUCUAUGCACACAGCUUCCAGUGAAGGCAGUGUUUUUGCAGGCAUUUCCUGCAGUCUAUGGGGAGCUGCUGAAGCUAUUCACGGUCAGAGAGGUGGCCUCAUUCGUACGGGAGACACUGGGGAGUCUUCCAGACUCCUCACAGCCAGACUGCCCCCUAGAAACUGUCAAAUUACAGUGCAUUUCCAAAACUGUAGAGAGCCAAAUCUACACAAAUCCAGAAUCGAGGUUUAUCCUGCUUCCUGUGGUUCUGCGCUUGCUACAAACUCACCUGCAGGAGCAGCGGGAUCUGGUGAUGUGCGCACAAAUACUCACCAGCAUGAUGUCCAUCAUAAAGAGAUACGAUACGGAGCCAGCCAUGUCUGAAGAAGUGGAUCUGAUAGUGGAGAGCUUGCUGAGCGUGUUAUUGAGGACCAUACUGGAGAUUUCCAAUCGUCCCCAAACCCCAGCGUCGACCAUGCGUCCGCAGAGUCAGGAUGUCACGGGGGAGUUUGUAUCGUGUCUCUUGGCUCUCCUGAAGCAGAUGGGAGAUCAUCACUACCAGAAGCAUCUGCAGCGUUUCACCAGUAAAGAUGAGCUGAGGGAUUUCCUCCUGCAGAUUUUCACCGUAUUCCGGAUCCUGAUCCGGCCCGAGAUGUUUCCCAAAGACUGGACGGUCAUGCGGCUCGUCACUAAUAACGUCAUCAUCACAACGGUGCUCUACCUGUCAGAUGCUCUGAGGAAAAACUUUCUCAAUGACAGGUUUGAUUACAAGGUCUGGGACUCGUACUUUUAUCUAUCGGUCAUGUUCAUUAACCAGCCCUGCCUCCAGCUUGAGACCUUCUCUUCUUCAAAACGCAAGAAAAUUCUAGAAAAGUAUGGAGAUAUGAGGGUGAUGAUGGGUUGUGAAAUCUUCAGUAUGUGGCAGAAUCUAGGAGAACACAAAUUAAACUUCAUCCCUGCUAUGAUCGGCCCAUUUCUCGAGGUGACGCUGGUUCCUCAGCCGGAUCUGAGGAACGUGAUGAUCCCCAUCUUUCACGAUAUGAUGGACUGGGAACAGCGGCGUAGCGGCAACUUUAAACAGGUGGAGGCCAAACUUAUAGACAAACUCGACAGCCUGAUGUCAGAGGGAAAGGGCGAUGAAACUUACAGAGAGCUCUUCAACAGCAUAAUUCCUCUGUUCGGUCCGUAUCCUAGUCUUUUGAAGAAGAUCGAGAGAGAGACGUGGAGAGAGAGCGGAAUCUCAUUAAUCGCGACUGUAACACGUCUAAUGGAGAGACUGCUCGAUUACAGGGACUGUAUGAAACUUGGAGAAGUGGAUGGAAAGAAGAUUGGCUGUACUGUCAGUCUGUUGAACUUCUAUAAAACAGAGCUGAAUAAGGAGGAGAUGUAUAUCCGCUACAUCCACAAGCUAUAUGACCUGCACUUGAAAGCACAGAACUACACAGAGGCUUCUUACACACUGCUGCUGUACGACGAAUUGCUGGAGUGGUCAGAAAGGCCACUGAGGGAGUUCCUGAAUUACCCUAUGCAGAGCGAGUGGCAGAGGAAAGAGUACCUGCACCUCACCAUCAUCCAGAACUUUGACCGUGGCAAGUGUUGGGAGAACGGCAUCCUCCUGUGUCGAGAGUUGGCCGAUCAGUACGAAGCGUACUAUGAUUACAGGAACUUGAGCAAAAUGAAGAUGAUGGAGGCCUCGUUGUAUGAUAAAAUAAUGGACCAGCAGAGACUGGAGCCCGAGUUCUUUCGAGUGGGCUUCUACGGGAAGAAGUUUCCUUUCUUUCUACGGAAUAAGGAGUUUGUAUGUCGUGGUCACGACUAUGAGCGUUUAGAAGCCUUCCAGCAGCGCAUGCUUAACGAAUUCCCUCAUGCCAUCGCCAUGCAACAUGCCAACCAGCCUGACCAGACCAUCUACCAGGCUGAGGCCCAGUACCUACAAAUCUACGCAGUGACUCCAAUCCCAGACAGCCAGGACGUCCUCCAGAGGGAUGGUGUUCCGGACAACAUCAAGAGUUUCUACAAAGUCAACAACAUCUGGCGUUUCCGCUAUGACCGCCCCUUCCACAAGGGCACCAAAGACAAGGAGAAUGAGUUUAAGAGUCUGUGGGUGGAGAGGACAACAAUGACCCUAGUGCAGAGUCUCCCAGGGAUUUCCCGCUGGUUUGAAGUGGACAAGAGAGAUCUGGUGGAGGUGAGCCCGCUGGAGAACGCCAUCGAGGUGAUUGAAAACAAGAACCUGCAGCUGCGUACACUCAUCACGCAGUGCCAGACACGCCAGAUGCAGAACAUCAACCCGCUCACCAUGUGCUUAAACGGCGUGAUCGACGCUGCUGUGAAUGGAGGCCUUGCUCGCUACCAGGAGGCGUUCUUUGUGAAAGACUACAUGAUGAAUCACCCGGAGGACGGAGAUAAGAUUGGACGCCUCAGAGAGCUCAUGUUUGAACAGGCACAAAUACUCGAGUUUGGCUUGACUGUCCAUGAGAAGUUUGUUCCACAGGAUAUGCGGCCGCUGCAUAAGAAAUUGGUGGAUCAGUUCCAUCUCAUGAAAUCUAGCUUAGGGAUUCAGGAGCUCCCAGCGUACAUGAGGGCAAGUCCGAUCCAUUUUCCCAACGGAAGCCCACGGGUCGGUCGAAACUCAAUGCCCAACAUCUUGAAUAUAGAGGGUGGACGCGUGGUGGCCCGCCGCAGUCCACUCAGCUAUCCAGCAGUGAACCGGUACUCUUCAUCCUCUCUGUCAUCGCAAGCCUCCAAUGAAGUGAGCAACAUCACCGGGCAGUCAGAAAGCUCAGACGAAGUCUUCAACAUGCAGCCUAGCCCAUCUACCUCGAGUCUCAGCUCCAACCACUCAGCCUCUCCAAACGUGACCAGCUCAGCCCCUUCCAGUGCCCGAGGUUCCCCUCAGUUGUCAGAGAAACACAAACAUGUCAGAGAGAACCCCUGCCUCUCUCCAAGAGAGAGACCCUGCAGUGCUGUAUUUCCCAAUCCACUUGAUCCCACACUGAGGACGAUCCCACAUCCGGCAGGUGAUGCCUCUCUGCCUCGCAGCGAUCCCAACAUCUCCAUUCCAGACAAAGUGGUCAAGCCUGCCCCAAGCAGCUGGAGUCUUGACACAACAUUCUCUGACUCUGUCGGAAAGCAGUUUUGCCCCCCUGUCCCUCCUAGGCCUCCAUACUCAGGUUCCCCUGCUAAAAGUCUGGGAUCCCAGUCCCCAGGUCCAGUAUCAAAGUCACCACAAAAGUACUCUGUGCCUUCCUUCACACCAUCGCCCACGGAAUGCCCACCAACAGGACUCGUACCCAACUCCCCAGUGCUUUCUGGCAGUUACAGCAGUGGCAUCUCCUCUCUCAGCCGCUGCAGCGUUUCUGAAGCCUCAGGCACUGAAGCCACGCCCUCUACCGACCAUGCUCUCCCUACCUCUGCCUCUAGUGGUUUGGAUGAUCUUUUUCGGCGUGAGAACAAGACUCCGCCUCCUUAUAGCAGCAACCCGCGCCGACCUGUGCCCCUCCCUCACAGCCUUUCCAUUCCAACUAGUGCUGAUGCUCCACCCAUUCCACCAAAACCCCGCCAGCUUCGCAGUGUGAAGCCUGUGGAGCCGCUGCCCAGACCACGCCCCCUUCCACGAAAAGUCUCUCAGCUUUAGUGCUGCUGGAUGAAGAUACACCACCACCAAUUGCACUUUGUUUCUUUGGGUUGAUGAACCCAAAUGUUCAAUUUACAAAUUUAGAAAACAAACAGACUGAGUAUGUAGGAGUAUAUGGCAGGGCUAUCACUGCUAAUUCCUGCACUUUUUAGCAAUCACAGAUCGAGAUGCUCUUGCUCUGAGUAUCAGGGCAUUUUUACAUUAUGUAAAUACUGAUAUGAAAUGUAUGUUUUGCCUUAAGUAUUGAAAACAGAAUAUUUUACCAUUGGGUAAUGCACGUUUCUACGUACAUUUUGAGUACAUUCGGCUUUUUUUUUUUAAAUGGCUCAGAGGUGCUAAUAGCCUCCAUUCGGCUCUUUGUGUAGGCACUAGAUGAUAUCCAUGGCUUUGUUCACGCACGCGCACACACACACACACACACACACACACACACACACACACACACACACACACACACAAUUGGACUCAAAAGAGGCUGCUUCCAAACCCUUUUAUUCAUCUGCAGGAGCGGGUUUUCCAUGACCUGUAGAUAGAACAGCAUUCCAUGAUCAGCUUAUACAGAACAUUAGCCCAUCACCCAUUUAUUAGGGUGAGGUUUAUGGUUUACAUGCAUGAUUUGGUCAGUAUUCAUAGCUGACACUUUAGAAUUAAAGACUGACCAGACAAGAACGCUUGAGUUUACCAAGUUCUGUGCCAAAGGGACAGGGAAACUGCACCUAUGCUGAAAGUCAUGCUGUAUUUCCAUUCUCUUGUUCAAGAUUCACAUUAAGUCUGUUUCAUCAUUUUUAUUUUGAUGGACAGUCAUGUUAAAGUACGACUGGAUUAGUCAGCGGCAUAACUGGAUAUGCCAUGAUAGGCUGGUACUCACGUUACACCACCUGAGUAAUAUUUAGGAAAAGAGCUGAAGGCAGAUGCGUCUGCCUGUGGGCAUGGAAGAAGCUAGCCUAAUUACAGUGCAGUGCACAGUAACUGAAUUUUUUAAGCAUGUACUGAAAUUGCGGGAGUCUUUACAGAAGCGAAGCCUGGCAUUCUUCGUAUUCACAUUCAGUUAUGCCAAUUACGUGUACCAUUCGCAAGCUUCACCAAUUAAAAGCGUUGAGAUUUGCCCAAGUUGUUUCGAUUCUCACUUGCAUAAAACUGCCAGUACUGUAGGUAUUUAAUGGAACUGUUGGUUGAAAAGUCCCAAACAUAAGACCGCAUAGUGGGCUGUGACAAUAUAUCCGAGCAAAUUUUAAUUAUAAUGUUACGAGUUUACCAUUUCUAUUUGUACCAGGAUUCUACCCACAGUACAUUGUGUAGUAGCACAUAUACUGUAUAAUGUACAGCCUCAUUAAUUGAUGUUUAAGGCAGUGGUUCUCAGACUAGUCCAUACAGCCUCACAGAUGCUGCACAUUUUAUCCUAUGAAUCAGUUUUAAGCUGUGAAAUAAAAUGAAAAAAAAAAAAAAAAGGUGUAUGAUGUUCAGGCAAAAAUCAUUGAUGUGGUCGUUCAGAUGCAAAGUUACAGUUAACACCCUGAAAUGUAUUUUCUAAGAACAGUUUGCCAGCAAUUAUUUUUUUAAUUAAAGAAAAUGUCAUCAUUUUUAUCCAUUUACAGUUACUUUUAAUGUCAUGGAGCAUCUGGAAAACAAAUUAGUUACUGUUAUGAGGUAGAUUAUAGCAGCUAUAAACAGUUCCUCACCCACCUGUCUUUUUUUUUUCUGAUGAAGUUAAUAGGACAUAAAAUGUAGCUUGUUAGCAAGAAACAGCCAAUCUGUCCAUCCUGAAGACUUUCCCCUGGCAGAAAACCUAAAAGAGCUUUACCUUCUGUGAGCACUGCAAUAUACACCUGUAAAUAACCUUAUAGCUACGGCUAGCUUUUGACCAAUCAGAUAUCAGGAUUCAGGAGCUCUGUGAUAUAAUUGUAGUCUGUUUUUAGGAAAAUGGUUUUAAAAUUCAAAAUGUAAAAUUUUUUUGCCUCAUAAUUGAUUAAAAUGGCCAUUUGUAUACAUUUGUAUAUUGUUACAGCCCCAUUUAUAAUUUAAUCUAUAUUUUAUCAACCACAUUUUUUUAUAUGGAAACAUUUACAGCAUGAUUUGGACAGUUCUAA